GUGUGUGCUUUAUAGAUGUAUAUAAUCCCUCAUUUGACCCAGAAAAGAAACUCCUCUACUGGCCGAGGCGCAGCAGAGUUACAAUCCGCGGCAGCGCUGCAUGUAGUCGGAGCAUCAGCUGGAGGAACAAGCAGCCCCAGCACCGAUCCAACUUCUCACCGUAUCCGGAUUCUGCAUCAAAGCAUCGGUGACAGAAGAGACAUGGCUGAACACAUGAUGAUGCCCAUGAGCCACAGCUUCAGGAUGGGUAUGAAUGGACCUCCACAGCACAACGGGCAGCCCGGCCUGCGCACCCUGCCCAACGGCCAGGUCAUGCACUAUGGCAGGAACCCUCAAAACAACAUGGAGGCUGCCAUGAGACAGAGGUCGGGCAUGGUGGGUCCCGGAGGGAUGGGUGGUCCCAUGAACGGCUCUCCCAUGGCCAACCACCACCACCACCAGAUGAUGUCUGGGAACAUGAUGUACAAUGGGCAAGCUCCUCAGCACCAGCAGCAGCAGCAGCACCACCACCACAUGCACCCUCAGCAGCAGCAGCAGCAGCAGCAGCAGCAGCAGCAGCAGCAACAGCAGCAACAGCAGCAGCAGCAGCAGGGUGGCCACCCGCAGCAGUAUCACCCUGGUAACCUCACCUCUCAGCAGCUCAUGGCCAGCAUGCACCUGCAGAAACUCAACACUCAGUAUCACGGACACCCACUGAGCAUGGCCAACGGACACCACCUGCCCAACGGUGCUCAGUACCGCAUGGGCCCGGCCCAGCUGUCAGGCAUGCAGCACCUCGGCGGCCCGUUGGGCCAGAACAGCAUGGACAUGGAUCUGAUCGAUGAGGAGGUUCUGACUUCUCUGGUGCUGGAGCUGGGCUUAGACCGUAUUCAGGAGCUUCCCGAGCUCUUCCUGGGACAGAACGAGUUUGACUUCAUAUCGGACUUUGUGUGCAAACAGCAGCCGAGCACGGUGAGCUGCUGAGCGACGUUUGCGCGGUUUGUUCAGACCCAAAGAAUGACUGAGCGGGAGCAGUAGCACAGCGAGAGUUGACAAUCUCUCGGUUCUGUUUGGGUGAAUCCGUGUCUGUCUUCACACUGACCUGCCUGCGAGUUAAUGAAGAGUCGUAAUGAGAGAAAACACAGAGAAAAAGCACGAGGUUCCUCCUCUUUGAGCUGGUGCCAGUAAGAUCUGUUGUGUUUGGCCCGUGUUGUCGCAUCCUGAUGCAGCGGGCUCUUUCUGGACCCAUCUGGCCCUCAGCACUCGUGCCUGCUGUGCCAAGGCUUUGGGAUAAUUGAAAGCUUAACUAUCACCAGGGGGCGAAGACAACCUGGGAAGACUGUCCAUCUGGGUCUGCUAGGUUCUGUGGCAUCACUAAAUGCAUUUUAUUUCUCAUGACAUCUUCAACUAGUAGCAGAUGUUUUACAAACAUUUAUAAGAGUUUGUCCUCUGAGUUUGUCCUCCGUACAAGGAUGACAGGAUUUCGAGUGUAGAAUGUUGUUUUUCUGUCCAUUUUUUUUUUUUUUUGCAUAUUGAAGGCUGGCUCUUCAAAACUGACUUCUUACACAUUUCCUUGAAGAGCAGAAGAGUGAGUUUGUGCAGCAACAUGCUGGGGUUUAGUUUGUAAACCACUCAUUUCCCUACACCAAAUCCUAUAGAAAAAAUAGCGAUUUUAGGGUCACUGCACACAGGAGUUGUUGAUCCACUGCUGCCUCCAACAGUAUGUUCAGAUGUGUUAGUUUGUAACUUUGGUGUUUUAAAACCUUUUUUUGGGAUUUAUUUAAAUGACACAAACUUAGCAAAUGAGGCGACAGUAGACCAGCACUUCCUGUGUCCCUUUGUGCUAAAAAUGCUGAUUUUCUCCAUAUACUUUGGUGCAGGAGAGCAACCUCGGAUUAGUUGGGUUGAAAAGUGCCACUUGGAUUAUUUUCUGCUCUCUGUUUCUUUUACCUGACUUAGAUAUAAAUAUAUAUAUAUAAAACAAAUUAUAAUGCUGUCAUUAAAUGUAUCGCAUCUGUUCCCUGUUAUUUAACUGUGAUUGAAUCAUUGGCAAAGUAGCCUGUUGCUUAAAUGUGUUGGCAGUAGAUGGCUCUGACAUUUACGGUGCUCACUUGCGAGAAAGUCUUGGGUUAGUAAUUAGUAGAAGAGCUGGGAAUGUAGGCAGUUAUCAUCAGCAACAUUCCAGUGGUUUGUCGUAAGCAAUCGUGAAAAAAUCGAAACAAAAACAACACAGUAGCUGUGAGAGGCUGCUGGUCACAGGUCUGACGAGGCUUUUAUUUUUAAGAUGGAGACACAAAGAAAAACAAAGUGGUGUGUGAUUGCAGAUUAUGCAUUUGUGUCGUUUUUGUGCGCCUCCUUGUGUGGCAUUAAGACCCCACCGUAUGGCGUCCGUGGAAAAAUCAGAAAUCGUGUUUUAAUAAUGGAAAAAAAAAACAUUCAAACCAAUCGAUUCUAAACUUAGUUGACGAAUAAUUUUGUAAUCGAUGAAGGGUUGCAGCCCUGGCGUCCUCCUCCCUACACUGGCCUGUACCACUGGCUGUUUGGUGUGUGUGUGUGUGUGUGUGUGUGUGUGGACACAGCGCUCCCCGGCAGCACUUAGUUUAAUCAUUAUUUAAAGCUGUCGCUACCUGUGGCAUUGAUUACAUUAGCCAGGAGCACAGUGUGUGCAAAGUUGUUGUUUUUUUUUUGUCAUAGAUUAGCUUACUCUGCUGCUUUUCUACUGAUUAGAUUGAAAUGACGCGUUCUCACACGCUUGUCUUAAUGAAGGUCAACUUGCACGUUCACCAACAAGUCAAUAAUUACAAAAGUGGACACAUUUUUUUUCCCCCUGUUUCUUUGAGCACAAUCGGUACAGACUGUUUGAUUUUUUUAUAUAAGUCAAGGUUGCUGCUUGUGUCACUGCAGACCAGCGGAGGGAGAACUUUGUGCACUCUGAGUUCUAUUUGUGGCGUAGUCCUGACGGGUCAGAACUGCCUGUGCUGGUGCACGGGUGUUAAUCUGUCCUGCUGCAGUCCCGCGUCUCUCUGGACGCGUGCCAUUCUCAGCCAGCUCUCGAGUCAAACAUCUGUGACUGAAAAGCUGCGACAGAGGCAGAUAAGUGCCGGCGAGUUUGCGUUCCAUUUUGCUCUUUGCCUGGCGAACUGCAGCAGCCACACUGUGGGGGGGGGGGAAGAGAAGAAAGAAAUGGAAACACUUUUGGCCUUAGCGAGACAGUGGCCUCUGAUUUCUGCUAGAACAUGAAGCGCAGCCUUCUCGUGUGUUGUAUCUUUGUACUGUAGACUAGAGGUGAAGUUGAUCUAGAUACUUUUAAAGGUACUUUCAAAUAAAAAAAUAAAUAAAAAAAGAAACACUCAGUACGUUAACAUGUUAUGACUAUAGUUGAUGUGAAGGGGAAACUUGGACUUCUUGAGGUACAGUUAGCGAUUAAUAGAUAGAAAACGUUUACAUCGUCUUUUAGUAGUUGUUUUUAUCAUUAGCCCUGAAUGAUUCAACAUCGCUCGACUGUAAAACAUCUCUGCAUUGCUGGCUGACAAUUUACCAGAAACAGUCUGGCUGGAUUAUUGACUGUGUCAAUUGUACUAUUUUGGACCAACACGCCCAGAUAAUCUCUUAGAGUAGCAUGUAUGUUCGCCUGGACCAAACUAGCUUAGACGUGGAAAGAAACACUGACAAAGAAACUCAAAAAAUAUGGCUUCAGCUGUUAAAACCUAAAUGAUUCAAGUUCAUUUAAACUAAAGUAAGCAAGUUGUCUUCAUAUGACUUAGUUUAUCUUAGUGUAAUUUUUAGUAAUUUAAGUAAUAUUUUCAAGAUUUGUCAACCAUUUUCAACUGUCACAUAUGGUGGAACAACAUGCUAGCUGCUAGCUAAAGUUUUGAGCUAAGAAACAAAAAACAAAUGAUUUACUAGCUGAAAAGGGGAACAUUGUCUUCUAGUGUAGUGGAGUCAGAUACCGUUUAAUCAAACAAAUCUAUGCUUCACUGUUUACAACUAAACUGUUAAGAUGUUAACGUACUGAGUGUCGGAUAUACAUGUAAAUCAGUGGCUGGUUUUUGAUGUAUUGACAAGAGAUUAUAAUCCUAAUCACUUUUCACUAACAAGUGUGUAGAUCCAGUGAUCCAGUGUGUUGCAGUGGGUGCAGGAGCCUGAAGCUCAAAGACCAAGUUAGACUUCAUGUUAACGCAAGUGUGAGGGACGAUGAUGAUGAUGAUGAUGAUGAUGCCGCCACACCACUUUCCCACAGAGCAGCUGAGAAUGUACAGUACAAACACUCUGUGGGAACUUGUCUUAAAAUGGUAGAUAAACUUGUGAGAUUGUAAUCCCUGUUCCAAAAUGACACGUUGUUUAUUUGGGUAAACCCCGCCCCCCACCACCACCACCAUUUUUCCCAUUUUCCCCCAAAGCUUUUGUAAUGUUAUUGAUUCUAUUUUAAGAAAAUGUAUUUAUUUUCAAAUAAAAUAUUUAUUUAAAGAAA